AUGAUCAAGCUUGUUUUAGUGUCCAAGUAUCAUGGUGCUUCCACUUCUCCAAAACCAUCACACACCGAACGUGCUUCAUCGCUCGUUCCAGUUCCUCCGUCCGGCCAUAGCAACGGAGCACCACCUGAUAAUUUCUCAAAACCAACCAAAGCUCCCGAAUAUAAACCCGGUCCUGCAGCUCCAAAAUCAUCUGCUGUUCCUGAGUAUCCAGCAGCGAUUCCGUCAACGAAUGAACCUGUAACUGAACCGACGGAUCCAUAUAAUAAUGCCGAAGUAGGUAUGGAGAGCAGUACAGAUUAUAAAACACCAACAACCACUGAACCAAUCACGGUUCCAUCCAACACAACUGUAUCAGAAUGUCGUUGUCAACAAUCUCUUAAUACGACAGUGCCAAAACCUCCUACAGAAACUACUGAAUUACCUGAACAACCGGAAGUUCCGGCCCGAACGGAACGACCAGCGGGACCGGAAGUUCCGGCCCAAACGGAACGACCAGCGGGACCGGAAGUUCCAGCCCGAACAGAACAACCAGCGGGACCAGAAGUUCCAGCUCGAACGGAACAACCAGCGGGACUGAAAGUUCCGGCCCGAACGGAACGACCAGUGGGACCGGAAGUUCCAGCCCGAACCGAACGACCAGCGGAACCGGAAGUUCCGGCCCAAACGGAGCGACCAGCGGGACCGGAAGUUCCGGCCCGAACGGAACAGCCUACUCCACGAACACUUCACCUAGAACCGACUCUCGAUGAAAUGCAAACUCUGACACCUUCACAAACGCCCGAACAGCCCCAGAGACCAUCGUUCGGAUCGCAAAUCACUACUACCCGGCCAAAUCUUGCAGGUUCACCGGAAUCGAGUAUUCCAGAAUUGGAGACACCAUCCCAUCAACAACCAUCACAGUUUCUGACAACUCCACGGGCCAGCCGACCUCGCACGACCACUUCAGCUGCCAGUAAAAUCGUCCCGAAUCGAUUACGAGGCAAAGCACAUGUGAUGUGCGAAGAAAUUGGUUUACAAUUCCGCAUCACAACGCUGUUUCCGUUCACUGGACAGGUGUUUGCGCAUGAUCGGAAGCGAGUGCCUGGCUGCGUUCAUACAUUCACAGAAGCCACUUUGAUCAAUGUGACGAUGCCAUACCAGGAAUGUGGAAUCAAAAAUAAAGGUGAGCAACGAGUCGAGACUCAAUACCACAUGCAGAUAAUUGUUGUCUUCGAACAAAAAGAUGGCACAUCGACAAUUCAAUCGUUCAUCGCGCAAUGUCAACAUCAAAAGGUCCAAUAUCAAAAAUCAACUAUUCCCAGGCGAAUUGAGGAAGCGUUGGAAGAGUUGCAUUUGGUCCCAACGAAACUGGAACAAAAAGCGCCGGUACCAGACUGCGUCAUGCGAAUUGUUAAAGAGGAAGACCACGGCCAUGGUAGUGAUGGCGAGGAAGUGAGCAUGGUGGACCUUGGGCAACCGAUGAGGAUCGAGUGGCAGCUCGUUCCUGAAUCAGGUUCUGCCAAUUCAAACUGCUUCAUGCUUGUGUUCAUGCUUCAUUUAUUGAUAAUCGCUGAAUGUAGCCUUCAUAAUCGAACGUAUAAUUUACUCAACAUGAAUCAUUUUCAGAUGCGUACGGUUUCCAUGUUCGAAAUUGUACAAUACGUGAUAAGAUCAGUGGUGAAGAAUAUUUGGUUAUUGACGAAAGAGGGUUCGAUUUUGCUUCCUUUUUUUGAACGUUCCAUUUUAUCGUCCAGCCUGAUUAUUGGUGUUCUAAAGAGAAAUUUCAGAUGUUCUACGGACAUAAAUAUAUUCGGGCAUCCACACUACGACACAUAUCAUGAUAUUGCUCGUGUUCAUUGGCAUGCAUUCAAAGUACCCGAUAAUAGUUUAGUGAGUAUUCGAUGCUCAUUUGAGAUCUGCUCGGAUAUUGCCGAUUCAACAUCUGGAGUCACCAGUUGCGAUAGCAUACCGUCGCCGCCAUUUUGUCCCGAUUUGAUCACAUCGCCGUCAAACUCGAUAUUGUUCGACAAUAACGGCAAUCUGGUGCGUAAACGAAGCGUACCUGAUUCGGCACAUCAACACGUUCAUGCGGAUAUUUGUUUUGGAGAAGCGAAUGACAAUGAUUACUGCAAUUCAGACGAGUUUCGCGCUGAAAAAACAAAAUAUCUCCAGAAAAUAACAGGUUUCUUGCGUGUUCACAACUGUCUCGAGUGGAGCAAUGAUUCUGUUGGCCUGCUUAAUCUCUAA